AUGGGGCGGAGAGUUUGAUGCGGUAUCUGUGUCUCCCUCUUUAGGACCAUGAAACACGAUCCCGUCGCGCCGGUGGUGUGGAUAUAAAACAGUCCCGCGAUCACGGGCCUGAUCCGACCCAAAGACAACAGAUAUGAGAAUAAAACCUGCGUGACCGGAGAGUUUAGCAACCUCAACACGUGCUGCGUUAUUAUCAUUGAGAUGAGCUGCAGAUCUCCAGAUGAACAUCCAGAAGAUGAGCUGACAUGCUGAUGCUCCUUCAGUGCACUUUAUUUCCAAAAACGAUGCUAUCCCCCGAGAGGAUAGACAGAUAAUGUCGCCAUCGCUUAUUUUUGUUCAAUGAUAGGCUACUUGGGGGCUUUUGCGCAAUUUGAGAAGACCGCAUGGACACAUCAAGUUUGGAAAGGAUUUAAAUCGAUUGAGUUUUUUGAAGAUUUUAUAUAUAUAUUGUUUCUUUUCUAUGAAACGAUGAGCUCGAUGUUGUUUGGAGAUGAUUUUUGGGGCUCUGCGCCAUCGGAAGCGGUACCCAGAGCGCUGCGCAACGACCUGGGCUCCAACAUCCACGUCCUCAAGACCCUCAACCUGAGGUUCCGCUGCUUCCUCGCUAAAGUCCACGAGCUGGAGAGACGAAACAAACUUCUGGAGAGUCAGCUGAAGGAAGCCACGAGUCAGAGGUAUCAGAGCUUCUUGGUCCGCGAGGUGGGUGUCCAGACCGACUCCCUGGAAUCCAGACUGCCAGGCACCAUCUGGAGUUACAGGCAUGUUUGGAAACAUGGAGAGCGCGUACGGACCGUGCAGGGUCCCGGGGUCACAUGGACUCACCCAGAUGGGGUUGGGGUCCAGAUCGAUACCAUCACCCCAGAGCUGAGAGCCCUGUAUAAUGUUCUGGCCAAAGUCAAACGGGAGAGAGAGGAGUACAGGCUAAAAUGGGAGGAGGAGGUGAUGAGGAGACAACAGAUGGAGUUAAUGAUACAGACGCUACAGGAGAAUGUUCAUGAGUCUGAAGCCAUUCAGGAUGAGUUGAACGAGAAGAUAGAAAGAUUGAAAGCUGAGCUGGUGGUCUUCAAGAGUCUCAUGACUGACGGUGACAGACGGCCCAGUAGAGCUGUACAGAACCGGAAGAUAUUCCUCGAUCUGAAACAAAUGUCCGACCUCGACUCAAAGAUUCAGGAGAAAGCCAUGAAGGUGGACAUGGACAUCUGCAGGAGAAUAGACAUCACCGCCAAACUGUGUGACGUAGCUCAGCAGAGAAACUCUGAAGAUAUGUCAAAGAUGUUCAGCAUCAGUCCAUCCAGAUCACCAGCAGACAGAGCGGCUUUAGUGUGUCGAAAGAAGGAAAAGAGAACGGUUUCAGAUGAGGAAACUUCAGACAUGGAUGCAGAUCACAGCACCUCAGAGGAAGACGAGAUGAACAUCACAGACGAGAUGAAACGCAUGCUGGGCAAGCUACAUUCAGAUAACUCGUGUGUUGUUAGGCGGGAUACGUUCGACAUCGAUGACGACUGUGACAGUUUGACGUGGGAGAACGAUGAUACGCUGUUGCUAUGGGAGGACCUUACAAACUACAAUGUACCCUGUGUGCUUAACAACGGCAACGGUGCUGUGGACUGCAACGGAGACGCCAAUGAUCCUGAUUGCACUCUUGGAAAUCUCAUAGAUGAGACUGAAUCCCUCUUCAAGAACAGAGAGCAAGAAUACCAGGAAACCAUUGGACAGAUUGAGAUGGAGUUGGCCACAGCUAAGAGCGAUAUGAACAGACAUCUGCAUGAGUACAUGGAGAUGUGUAGUAUGAAACGAGGGUUGGAUGUUCAGAUGGAGACGUGCAGGAGAAUGAUCAAGGGUGGCAGAAAUUCUCCUUCCUUCAGCUCAUCGGGCAGCAGUGACUCAGGAAACACUGACGAGAUACAGGACGAGUCAGACAGGGAUGGAGAGACCGAAGGGCCAAUCAGCUGAUACCUGCCCAGCCUGGCCCCGCCCUCUCCUCACAAUCAGCUCUCGGGUCUUCCAGCAUUUAGCCAACGGUGUUCAGCGGCACCGGUUCAAGGAAAACUGUGGGACAAGGCCCCUCCCACAAACUAAAAUUCCUGUAGGUGCUUUAUAUCGUCUCGGUGUCAGAGCGAGGUGGAGUUCAUGAGGGUUGUUUUGUGCUUCAAUAUCAAUUCGUUACACAGUACAGUAAAAUACAUCACAGACUACACUAGGGUUACCAGAUGACCACGAUAACAAACAUCUAGAGAUAUCACUUUACAACUACAUUUAUGCAUUUAUCCUAAAUUACGUAUGCUUGUAUGCAAAGCGACUAACACCGCAUUCAAGCCAUUUCCGCUAUGAGUGGCAUACACAAAAUUAUAUAUGAAAAUUCUAGGGAUGCACCGAUAGGAUUUUUUGGGCCGAUGCCGAUUUAAACAGACAACUUACAGUCAAUACUUGUCAAUACUAUAUAGUUGAUCUAUUAGCUAGUUUAUUUCUGCAUCAAAUUAUUUUUACUGAACAUGGAUUGGAUCUAAUUAACAUUCAACUGACCAACAUAAUAAGAGAGGCACAAAUUAAGCUAAAACAAAUAUAAUAAGACAGCAGGUGGUUUUUGCUAUUCAGCAUUUAUUUUAUUAACAACAUUAACUCAUUUUUUACAUAUAAUGGAUUUCUUUAUGCAGUAAAUUAAUAAACAAUCGGUAUCGGCCUUUCUCGUGCUAUUGCCGAUAUGCCGAUGGUUUCAAAUUCAUAAAAAAUCGGCCGAUAAAUAUCGGCGGCCGAUACAUCGGUGCAUCACUAAAAAAUACAUUUUAUAUAAAGAUCAGUAAAUUCUCAUUCGUUUUAAUAUUUGCCAGCAGUUUUGCUUUUUAAGAUGUUUGUUUUUAGGAACAAAGUACAUUAAAAAAUUUAUUCAUUUAGAAGAUGCAUCAGGGUUCCCACGGGUCUUUGAAAUCCUUGAAAGUUUGUGAAUCUGGGGGAAAUAAUUCAAGGCCCUGGGAGGUUUUUACAUACAUAGAUACAGGUCAUUGAAAGUGCUUGAAUCUAUUUUAUGCAAAAAAAAUCCAUAUUAUUCCCUGUGUAGUGUAGGAUAAUAUCAUUAAAAUUCUAGACGUUUUAAGCACACGUGCUAAACUGUUCGCUUAAAAUGCUUAUAUCUUCUGUAUGCGAAUUUUGAUUCAUACCAAAAUGCUUUCUUUGCAUAGUUGUGUUUGACACAUGAAAACGUCUCGGGUUACGUAUGUAACUGUUGUUCCCUGAGAAGGGAACGAGACGCUGCUUUUUCCUUGCCAUACUUCCUGCGUUCCUGUAACGCCGUCUUUGACAAUAUUUCAGAUAGCGAUAUUCUUUCUGGCUUUCGCGUCACCCUGUCUUUGUCGUUAAGCCUCACCAUUGGUUGAAUUUGAUAUACACAUUCAGACACACUUACCCCUGGAGGCGUCCCCAAAGUGUCACCGCAGUGACGCAGCGCGAGUUCCCUCAAAAGGGAACUGUAACAAUGUAUCGUAAAUGUAACCUUGCUCUCACUUGAAAUGUGUCCCCACAUUUAGUCCUUGAAUUUGAGGGUAUUAGACCUGGAAAUUCCUUGAAAGGUCCUUGAAGUUAACUAAGGUGUGGGAACCCUGAUGCAUUUAUGGGAUAUACAAGUCAGGAAGCAUUUAACAUUUUGCCUAAAUUGGUAAGUUUUACUAAUACAAUGAUGCUGAUGUUAUCGGGACAUCUGGUCACCCUAAAAAACAUCAAAUCUUUAUUAGAAACCAAGCGUUUGGUUUGUUAUGGAAGUGAUACACAAGAUUGAAAGUCUGUGUUCCAGACAAAAACAUCUGAAUGAUUUCACUACUUUAUUUUUUCUGCUUUUUUAUAAAACGUCAAAGGUCAACAGUGUGCCGCAGAACCAUUUUGGCCUUUUAAAACCUCAUUGUAAAAGUAACCCUAAGUCGUGAAUACGGAUGACAUGAUGAUUGAUAAGUUCUAUGCAAUCGGUCGGCCUUAUUCCAGAUCUGAUCCGUGUCAACCUGUUUAUUGUCUUCCUGAGUUGCCUGCACGGGUACUUUCAUCUGUUAUGUAAAAUCUUCCUGUGUUUUAACAUGACGACGAGCCAGUGCUGGCACACAAUGUUUACGCACUAAUCUAUAGACAGAAUCUGUGGAACAGUGGUCCGUCAUUUCGAGCUGCUACCGUCACGACAAAAGCUUUUUCUAAGGUUAUACACAUAUCAAUAUCUCAACUAUUACAGAGCUAUGUGCCUAUAUAUAUGUUGCAAGUUGAUUUUGGAUGGCCUUACUACUUUGAAAAUGUAUUUGCCUACUGUUUGCACAUUAUAUUUGAUUGGUUUGGGGAUGUACAGGGAUGUCUGAACUAUACAGACAGUUUCUUUGCAGAGGCUCAAAGUUUGACAAGUUUUCAGGUGGAGGUUUUGAUUGUAUAUAAAAUACGGCUGUAGCUGAGUAAAAAGUCGUAUGUGAAUUAUGUACUGAAUAAUUGUAUAUGGGUUACUGCACAAAGCAUAGGAUGUUGUGCAGAUUAUGGCCAGCAGAGGACACUGUUCCUUACAGAUUCACAGUCUGUGUUAUGGGAUGUGGUUUAUGAAGCCAGUCUCUGUAUAUAUGAGUUGUGUUGGUAUGCUCAACCUCUGUGGCCUUUGUGUCUUGCUUGAUGUCUUUUGGGUCUUUACAUUUGCAUUUUUGUUUUUAAUGGUCUUGGGUUACAGAAGAUUUUGGUUAUGCAUACUAAUCAUAUAAUCUGAAAUAUGGGGGAUUUAAUCUGAAAGGGUAGCACACUGUAAAAAAUGCAGCUUUUUUGUCAAAUCAACAUAUAUUUUUGUGUUACUUUAACUUAAAAAAAUUAAAAGAUAAGUUAUGUCAAUUUAAAACUUUUUAAUUUGCAAAACCAGGUUGUUUUAACUUCAUGCUGCAUUUUUUACAGUGCAUGGGAUUUUUUAAAAACUUUAUAGGAAAACUGUUGGCAGGCAGAAAAGAGUUUUUUAUUUGCUUUAAAAAAUAUAGCUAAUUUAUUUAGCUAAAAGAUCGAUUGUUACUCACAGUGACAAUUUCGUAUAGUCUGUAAAUCUUGUACGUUUGCUAUUUUGCUGGUGGAUAUGAAAUAAUAGUUGGCGAAUCAGAUUUCAUAAUCUAUCCAGGAUGAGAAAAUCUGGCGUUUGAAUUUUAUAAAAAUGUCUGUUUUUAUAACGUUCAGGGUAACCAGGUGACAUUGGGUGCAUUCCCCUGGAAAAAUGAAACAUGCACUGAUAGAGUUCAUUAUUUACAAUGUUUAUUUUUAUUGUUCAUGGAGAUAAAAUCAAGCUACUUUUAUCUUAUUUGAUUCAGUUCCACACCACUACAAGCAAAGGAAGAUGGACAUUGCUUAAACUAUUUCAAAUUCCAAAAUGAAAAGAUUUUAUAAACACAUAACAUGUGUGCUUAAUUCCAAUCUGUUAUACAGAGGAAAAGCAUUUCAAAAGUUAUGUUCAAAAAGAAGCAACUCGCUGCUUACAACUGGUAAUUUUCUUUUUUUUUUGUUAUUUUAAAGCACAAAGUGUCAGGACGCACUUCUGUUAAACAUGACACCGCUGUUUGAAUGUAAUGUUUAAUCUGUGCAUUUAGCACACAUGCUGUUUUUGUCAUAAGGAAAGUGUUGCUUAACACAUCAGAAUGCCUUUAUCACAUGAAUGCACAAAAUCUCAUCAACAAGUUAUUUUCAGUUAAUCUGACACAAGAUUAAACAUUUAAUGUAUUCUCUGUUGUGUCACAUAAUAGCAUUAUUUUAAAUUUGCACAUCAUGACCGACCUCUGAUGUGGUCUUUUCUAAAACUCAUGACUGUUUGUCAGGUUUGACAUCCGAAAUGCAUAGUUGGAUCUCACAAAUGUUUUUGAAUUUAUAUCAAAUAUUAAGUAUAGGUUGCUUUAAGACUCUUUUAAAAGCCAUUAAACCAGCAUUAGCUAGUCUUCAAGAACACUAGCUAGAAAAUAACUGCAUACUCUUUGUGAGUAUUGGACUGUAUCCUCAUUCUCAGUGUUGUUUUUGUUUAAAAAGAAAUGUUUUUAUUAUUACAAUUAUUUGACAUUGGGACUCACCUGUUAUUUUUAUUGUUUAUGCUGCAUAUGAGUAUAUAUUCUUGAAUGUGGUAUGUAAGCUAUUGGUGUAUGUUUCAAUACAAUGAAUGUAAUUGGUGCUGGGGUCAAACAAAUAAAAUCAUUUUUGGGGGUCCUCUGUUUA